UGCGGCUAGCGGAACGGCGGUGAUGAUGUCGGCCUACGCGAACGUGGCAGGGGGCGUGGGGGUGGCCUACGCUAACCAGGCUUUUCGGAUCGUUGGCCUGCUGGACUGCGCGCUCUCGGACCUAGAGGGUGUGGUCGUGCAGGUUGGUGCAAGGGAAUGCAUACUCGAAGAGCAAGGGCCGCAGGCUGCGGGGCUCGAAGAGAUAAUGGCGCGCUGCGGUGUCUUGUGCACACCCAAGUCGUUGCAGGCCUUCAAGAGCGCGAAAGACGGGACUAUCAAGGAUCUCGCAACUCUUGUUCGCGUUGGUGGCGUCGGCGGUGGUGCUGCUGCUCAUGGAAGCGCCCCGAGCGGAGAAAGCGCCGACGUUUCCCAUGUCGCAGCGGCGCGUGAAAUGACUCUCGCGUUGGCUGCUCUCCAGGCUUUGGUUCGGCAUCUAGAUCUCAUGGAGGAUUCGUCGAACCAUGGCACCUUUUCUCUCACCAUUGAUGAACUUCGGAAAUACAUGCACUAUGAUGCAGCGGCGUCAAAGGCGAUGGGCGUGUUUCCCUCGCCCACGAGAUUCCAGCUGGCGUCAGCGCUUGGGCAGGGUGACUGUGGUAGACUGGAUUUCAGCCUUUUCUCUAUAUUGAACCAGACUUGCACCUCGAUGGGAUCGCGGUUGCUCAGAGAGUGGCUCCAGCACCCACUAGUGGACGUGCAAGAGAUGACCUCGCGACAGUCCAUGAUCGAAACGAUCUGCUCCGAAAAGACGCUGAUCGACACGCUGCGGAAGGGCAGCGGCAUGCUGCGAGGCAUCCCUGAUUUGGAGCGCAUCAUGCAGAGGUUCUUGCGGAAACCUCCACAGCGGGUUACCCUGGCCACCUUGCUCGGUGUCUACCGCGCGGUGAUGCGGCUUUCCUCUAUCGUUGGUGCGCUAGACGAUGCCUUCGAGGAUGAUGCUGCCGGAGAUAAAGCUGAGAGCGGACCUACCCUCUUUCGAGAACGGAUCGUUUCGCCGCUUCAGAAGGCUGUUUCUGAUAUGUCCAAGUUCCAGAGCCUAUGUGAAGAAGUAAUCGAUUUGGAUCACUUGCGGGAAAGCGACGGGAAGCAAGUUCGUGUUCGGCCAUCAUUUCACGCCGAAUUGCAGCGGCUGGGGCAGGAGCUCACCGGCACCUCGCAGGAGAUGGCCAGCGUGCUCAAGAACGUAGAGACAUCGUCCAAGGCUCCUGCCGGAAGAAUCAAGCUGGAGUUCAACGCGGUUCACUCUCAUCACCUUAGGGUAACCAAGAAGGAUCAGGCGUUCGUGGGCAAGUGCAAGGCGGCUCAUACUCUCUCCGUCCAAAAGGCUGGUGUUCUUUUCACCACGGACCGACUGCGUUCUGUCGACGCGCGAGCCACGAGGUUGAAGGAGCAAUACGAGGAUGUGCAAAGCAAAAUCGUUUUGCAAGCCAUCACGGUUGCAGGCACGUACACUCCAGUUUUGUCGUCCGCCGCCAAGAUCGUGGCCGAACUGGACGUCCUCUUGUCGUUGUGCGUCUGCGUCCAUUUGUGGGACUGGGUACGACCGCGAUUGCUUCCCGUAGGAAGUCAAACCAUCGACAUCAAGGGUUUACGGCAUCCCAGCGUCGAAGCGGCUCGGGGGGCCGGGUUGUUCAUCCCGAAUGACAUCAAGCUCGGCAAUGACAGCCGCAUGACCAUCGUCACAGGGCCAAAUAUGGCGGGCAAGAGCACGUUCAUCAGAUCGGUCGGAAUUGCUUGUCUUCUCGCUCAGAUUGGCUCGUUCGUGCCCGCCGAGGAAGCUGUGAUGACGGUCAUCGAUAGGAUCUGUGCCAGGGUGGGGGCCAGCGACAACCAACUACGGGGCGUUUCUACGUUCAUGGCAGAGAUGCUCGAGACCACAGCGAUUCUCAGAAAGGCCAACAGGCAAUCGCUGGUCAUCGUGGACGAGCUGGGAAGAGGGACGUCGACGUGCGACGGCUUUGGCAUUGCUUGGGCGGUUGCUGACAGGCUUAUCUCGUCCGGCGCCCUCUGUCUCUUCGCAACCCAUUUCCACGAACUGACGGCGAUUGAGCAAGAGAAGGGCGGCAAGGGAGUUCAAAACUUGCACGUGACAGCCGAAGCAGACUCGGCAUCCAACAAGCUCACCAUGCUUUAUAAGGUGAUGCAAGGGUCGUGCGACCGAAGCUUUGGAAUCCACGUCGCACGCAUCGCGAAUUUUCCUGGACAUGUGGUAUCUGAGGCAGAGACUUUGGCCCGGUGCCUCGAGAACGGCGAGCCACUUAUCGGAAGGGCGAACUCCUCGGACAAUGGAGAGCCAGGAGUCGGCAGUCAAGGAGAAAUGACACCCAACGGGUCCAAGAGAAAGAGGACAUGUUGAGAGUGCGCGCUACGCGCAAACCAAACCUUUGGCGGCGUUGUAUUAUUAGUCUACAAUGGAUGGUAACCAUGUAAACCACUGUACGAGUAGCUCGAUUCUCACCUUGGUAUGUUUUGCCCAUAACUUGGAAAAAUUACACCUCCAUAUCGCGUGGCCACAUCACUUUCAACUCAACUGCUGUGCGCCUAUGUUCAACUCUACCGUUCCCGGCGGGAUAGACCAUGGAGAGAUUCGAACAGUGGUGACAACAUACCCCAAAGAGAUUCGCACCCUCGUAAGAGAAAGUGGGGGUAGUUGC